CAUUCUGCUCCAAAGCCAAAAUCUCUUUGGUUAAUCUCUUACUUCAAACACAAAAAUGGUCAUUAAGAUUCCCAAUACUAUCAUUAAAACCACCUCACUUCUCUCUUUAAUCCUAUACUUCCUAAUAACAACAACAUCUAAUCCUCAUUCCGUUUUGGGUGAUGAGGUUGCCGACGAAGAAGAUCCCGAGUUUUACAUUCUUGAUGAAGCUCCCACAGUACUCUCAAACGUGACAGUUUCAUCCAAAACUAGACUACUAGUUUCUAAGUACAAGAAGAUCAAGAAAGGAAUGAGAUGUCACGUGGAGAGUUACAACAUUUGCAAUGGAGUCAAAGCCAACAAUGGCACGAGCCUAUUGCAUUGCUGCAAGAUGCAUUGUCGAAAUAUUCUUGGAGACAUGAAUAACUGUGGUCGAUGCGGUAAGAAGUGUGGUUUUGGGCAGCGUUGCUGCGGUGGUGUUUGCACAUACGUUAACUUUAACCCUAACCAUUGUGGGAAGUGCACGAGGAAGUGCAAGUCAGGGGUUGAGUGUGAGUAUGGAUAUUGCGGGUAUGCUUAAUUAACUUUAUAAAAUAUUGAAAAGUGAGUGUUAUAAUUUAUAUUGUAUUUUUGAGCUGUUAUAUUGUUUUCUUUUGUGGAAGAAACCGUUAUAGCAUACUGUGAGGAUUUUAUAAGUAUACAAAGUCUUCAUGCAUACGCAUGUAAUGAUUUUGUGGGUGAGUAUACAUAUGUAACACAAACAUAAUUAUUAAAUAAAAAUUUAAAAUAUAUAAAAUGUUAUACUUAAUCCUUUAUAACUUGUUACAGCUUCUUUCUAGAGAUAUCUGAUCAUUUCAACUGAAAUUUUCUUUUCUUCGUUUUGAUCCCUCCAAUCUGUGAUUCAAACACAAUUAACACAACAUUUCUAAAAUAAAUCACUAACUAACCUCAUUUUCAACAUCUUACCUUGAAUUUCUCUUUCCCACUAAAGAGACAACAUCACAUGUCUUUACUGUGGUUCCGUUCUUGGUAACUAGACUGUAAAGAGGAAGCUAAAUGCUAUCGAGGAAUUCGUUGUAACAUAAAGGAGAAGGAACAGAUGUAACAAAGACACAACUAUGUAAUGUGGUUCACCAAAUUGACUAUGUCCAAAUGCAAAAAGAGUUUAUUAAUUAGAGAUAGUAUUCAGCUUACAUUAAUAUUACAAGAAUACAAGAUAAUAGAAGGCAUCCCCAAUCUUAAAAUCCUAGUGUGCGUAGACUCGUGAACAUAAUCCCAACAAUAUAACAUCUAUAACAACUUGAUGCAACACAUUUGAUGCGACCCAGUUGAUAUGAUGUACUUGACGAAGCAUCCAUCGGCUAGAUG